AUGGCGAGUAUUCUCCGCAAUAUCAUCGUCGUGGGAGGCUCCUACGUGGGCAAGACCACCGCUCAGGAGUUGGCCCGUGUGGCCCCGGAGACGCAUCGUGUCCUGUUGAUCGAGCCCCACAGUCAUUUUCACCACCUCUUCACUUUUCCCCGUUUUGCUGUUGUGUCCGGCCAAGAGCAUAAGGCUUUCAUUCCCUAUACCGGUCUCUUCGCCCGUUCGAGUCCGACGCGGCAUGUGGUAAUCCAGGCCCGUGCCAUUUCUGUCGAGCCUGAACGGAUCCUCCUCGAUCGUGAAUGGCAGGGAUCGCGUCAUAUCAACUUCGACUACCUAGUCGUGGCGACGGGAACACGACUUGCGCAGCCGGCUGGUAUGAAGCACGACGAUAAACUCUCGUCCGUGGCCUACCUACAGAAGCACCAGGCCGAUGUGCAACGAUCCCGGUCCAUCCUCAUUGUCGGCGGAGGCGCUGUCGGGGUGCAGAUGGCGACGGAUCUGAAGGAAUGCUACCCGGACAAAGAAGUCACCGUGGUGCAGUCACGUGCGCAAUUGAUGCCAGGGUUCCAUGAGCAGCUGCACGCGCUGGUCAAGGAGCGAUUUGACGAGUUGGGUGUCCGAUUCGUUACGGGCUUGCGCGUCGUGGUGCCGGAGGGCGGAUUCCAGAACGACGGACAUUCAUUCGAAGUGCAACUCACCGACGGCUCGCGGAUCUCUACCGAAUUCGUUAUUCUGGCAACCGGACAAACACCAAACAACAGCCUGAUUCGGGGUCUCGCGCCUUCGGCCACCGAGUCCCUGAUAAAUCCUCUAAACGGCUUCAUUCACAUCCGGCCGACGAUGCAAUUCCGAGACCCCCAAUACUCCAAGCUCUUCGCUGUCGGCGAUAUCGCAGACACCGGACUGCGCAAGGCGGCUCGUCCAGGUUCAGCACAGGCAGCAGUUGUUGCAAAGAACAUCCAGGCGAUGAUUGAGGGUCGCAACCCGGAAGAGGCAUUUCCGCGAAUGCCGGCAGCAAUUCAUCUAACUCUGGGCAUGAAAUACAAUGCCAUCUUUCGAAACCCCAACGAGGCCGAAGGACAGACAGAGCCGACUAUCUUCAAAAAGGACGAUGGCCAAGAGGAUAUGAACGUGGAGGGCUUCUGGCAGAGGUUGGGGGUGGAAAUCAAUAAUGCCAACCAAUACCACCUGUGA